AUUAAGGUUUAUCACUCUAGUUUUGUGGACGAUGAAGGAGUUAACGGAGCUUGUGGAUGCCCUCUUCUCCCUUUAAAAAGCCACAUUAAGGGUCUUGCACCUGUUUCAGAUCAAGAUAGAACUGAUAUUGUGGAUGAAGCAAUCACAUUCUUCAGAGCCAAUGUGUUCUUCAGAAACUUUAACAUCGAAAGCCCUGCUGAUAAGCUUCUAAUAUACUUGACUUUUUACAUUAACGCUGCUGAUAAGCUUCUAAUAGCCUUGCAUACAAUUGAAAGAGAUGAAUUUGUACCCUUUCCAACGCUUCAAAGAUCACCUCAAUCGGAGUUGCAGAGCUCUAGAUAUGAUGAAUACAAGACAGAUACAUAA